GGGGCUUAGCCGUUUUGAUCCAAUAGAAUCACAAAGCAGGCUUUUGGGGGCGUGAAUGUGUACUUCGGUACGUCUCUUUCCCAGUGACUGAAUCGCUGGCUGAAGCUACCUGGAGUCGCGUUGAACAGGAUCGUGUUGGAGCUGUGCACGAGCUGGAUGAUAUGAUUUCGCAUCGGUCCUUCCAAGUUCCAACUGAGCAGCGCUCGCUCUGCCGAGUGAUGCCGACUACAGAGAGAUGAAGCAAUUCAAUGGAUUACUGACGUAAAAAUAGGAAUCGUCUGUGAUUUUCACUUUGGUUGACUGUGGGGCGAUUUGAACUUCCCCCAGUUUACCCUUUUCCUUCGAUGAGGACUGAUCUGAUCCACCUAACAUUACCCCCCCUGUGCCUGGAGAAAUUUCCGACAUGGCCAAUCCACACUUGGCCAAUCUGUCAUUUGCCUGGGAGAACUACAUGGACUGCAGACUGCAGGGAGCUGAUCUACAGGUCAGUCUACAGUGCCUGGAGAGCUUCCUGUGUAUGUUCCACUGUGUUGGUCACGUCAACCUUCAGAGGAACAAGGAAACCCUGAAGUUCUGCUCGGACAUGAGCGGGGCCAGUAACACGCUGGCGAGGGAGUUCCUGACAGAUGUUCACCAGCUGUGCAGCGCGGUGGCUCAGCGGGCGGAGUCUCAGCGGGCGGAGUCACAGCGGGCGGAGUCACGUGAGGAGGACGAGGAGGAGAGCCACAUGGCGGCGCUGGGAGAGUACCUGGUCAGGGGGCGUGGCUUCCUGCUGCUCAGCACACUGGACUCCAUCAUAGACCAGGAGCUGACCUGUCGAGAGGAGCUGCUGACUCUGCUGCUGUCUCUGCUGCCACUGGUCUGGAAGAUCCCAGUACAGGAGGAGAAGGCUUCAGAUUUCGCCCUGCCGUCCCUGCUGGAGGUGUUCCUGACCCGGGAGGUGAGGAGCGCCCCUCCCAGGGCAGGGCAGGACAAGACCGGCCCCGACGCCCCGGGAUCCUGGAAGAGAUCUCACACCGGCGGCACCUGGAAGCUGCGGCGUUCUCGCAGAACCUCCCAACGCCACUCGGUGAAGGAGGCGCGGCGGUCCCAGCUGACCUCCUCAGACUCGGAGGCGGGGCCUGAGGACGAGGCGAGCACGGGCCGGGGGGGCGGGGCGCGGGUGAGGAGAGCUCACGGCGCCACACUCCGUGUGAGUUGUCAGCACCACCGGUCACAAGCACCCCCACCCCCCACCCCCGAGGCCAUGAGUGCCCCCUACCCUCACCCCAGCGCCCCCUACCCCCACCCCAGCGCCCCGGGCCCCCACCCCAGGGCCCCGGGCCCCCAGACCCUGGAUACGGAGACCCUAACAGACCCUGCCGCCAUGUCGAUCUUCAACCGCAUGGAGAACUCCCCCUUCGACCUCUGCCACGUGCUGCUGUCCCUGCUGGAGAAGGUGUGCAAGUUCGACAUGAGCAUCAACCACAACCCUGGGCUGGCCGUGAGCGUGGUGCCCACCCUCACCGAGAUCCUCACCGAGUUCGGGGACUGCUGCGGCCCCGGGGGGGGCGGGGGGGAGGACUUGGCCGGGGGCUGGACGGAGGAGCCGGUGGCCCUGGUCCAGAGGAUGCUCCUCCGCACCAUCCUCCACCUCAUGUCGGUGGACGUGGGUCCCAGCGAGGCCCUGCCGGAGAGCCUCAGACGCAGCCUGACCGAGCUGCUCCGCGCCACGCUGAAGAUCCGCAGCUGCCUGGACAGACAGGCCGACCCCUUCGCCCCGCGGCCCAAGAAGACCCUGGCGGAGGUCCAGGACGACUUCUCCUUCUCCCGCUACCGGCACCGGGCCCUGCUGCUGCCCGAGCUGCUGGAAGGGGUUCUGCAGCUGCUGCUCGGCUGCCUCCAGGCCUCCGCCCCCAACCCCUUCUUCUUCAGCCAGGCGCUGGAGCUUCUCCACGAGUUCGUGCAGCACCGCGGCCUGGAGCUGUUCGAGGCGGCGGCGCUGCGUCUGGAGGGGCUGGGAAGGGCCCGGGACGCGGAGGUGGGGGGCGAGGACGCGGAGGUGGGGGGCGAGGCCGCGGAGAGGCUGAAGGGCCUCAUCGCCGGGGUCCUGAAGAUCGUCGGCGCCGUCAAGAAGGCCAAGUCGGAGCAGCUGCAUCAGUCAGUGUGCGCGCGGCGACGCCACCGGCGCUGUGAGUACUCCCACUUCCUGCAUCACCACCGGGACCUCUCCGGUCUGCCCGUCUCCGCCUUCAAGCAGGCCGCCCGCCGCAACCCGUUCGAGGAGGAGGGCGAGGGCCGGGAGGGCGAGGCGGUCCGCUACCCGGAGCGUUGCUGCUGCGUGGCGGCCUGCGCACACCAGUGUCUGCGUCUGCUGCAGCGACUGUCCCCCAGCGGGCCGGCCGUGCUCCAGGUCCUGGCCGGGGUCCAGGCCACGGGCAUCUGCUGCUGCAUGGACCCGCGCUCCGUGGUGGGGCCCCUGCUCCAUGCCUUCCAGGCCCCGGGGCUACGCAGCUACCAGGCCCACGUUCUAAGCGUGCUGAGCCGGCUGAUCCUGGAGCAGCUGGGAGGAGGCCAGCCCUCGGAGAAGGCCAGGCUAGCCUCCUGUAACAUCUGCACUCUGGACAGCAGCCAGCUGCCGGGCCUGGAGGAGACUCUGCAGCAGGGGGAGUCCUCUCUGGCCUCCCCCUGCCUGUCCUACCGCUCCCAGGGCAUCCUGCCCAGCGGAGGGGGGGCAGAGGACAUCCUGUGGAGGUGGGACGCCCUGGAGGCCUACCAGGAGCUGGUGUUUGGAGAGGACCGGCAGCUGAGCCAGCAGAUCGCCGGGCACGUGUGCCAGCUGACUCUGCGGGGGAACGCUGUGGUGCAGUGGCAGCUCUACACGCACAUCUUCAGCCCGGUGCUGCAGAGAGGGGUGGAGCUAGCGCACCACGCCCAGCAGCUGGGGGUGUCCACGGUGUGCAGCCAGGUGUGCAGCUAUCACACCCACUGCCUGCCUGUGGACGUGCUGCUGGUCUACCUGCAGGCUCUGCCAACCCUGAUCAAGUCAAGGGUGAUCAGAGACCUGUUCCUGAGCUGUAACGGUCUGAACCAGAUCACAGAGCUCAUCUACCUGGACCAGACUCGCUCCUGGGCACUGAAGGUGUUUGAGACCCUGAUCCUGGGCGUGGGCCCCCAGCAGUCGGACCGAGCCCUCCAGGAGCUGGAGAAGGCUGAGGCCCAGGAGAGGGAGGCCGUACUGGGGCUGGCGGAGGACCUGGGCUCCCGGGGGGCCGGAGAGGGCACCCAGAGCCUGAGCAAGUUCUACGAGGGCCUGAAGGAGGCUUGCCCUCGCCGGAGGAGCGGGGCAGGGGCGGGGCGUAGCCGGGGCGAGGCCCACCUCAACACCAUCAACCUGUUCCUCUGCGUGGCCUUCCUGUGCGUCAGCAAGGAGGCCGACUCGGACCGUGACUCGGCCAACGACUCCGAGGAUACGUCCGGGUACGACAGCACUGCCAGCGAGCCUCUGGGGGGGCGCAUGCCCUGCCUGGCCCCCGACAGCGUGGCGCUGCCCUCCAAGGAGCAGGUGCGGCGUGCUGCAGACGUGUGGACGCUGUGCCGUGGGGUCUACCUGGCCAGCCCCGUGUUCCAGAGGCAGUUCUUCAGGCUGGGCGGGCUGGAGGUGUGCUCCCGCCUCACCUCCAUGGUCAUCCAGAAGCUCACCUCCAAGAGCAGGGACGGCAAGCCCAGGAAGAGGAGGGAGGGGAAGGGCAAGGUGAGCCCGUCUCACCUGGACUCGUCUGCCCCCAUCUCGGCAGAGCCGGGCUCUGCAGGGCAGCAGGAGGACUGUACCCUGGAGCAGGCUGAGGGUCUGGGCCCAGGCCCGGCCGAGGCCAGGGGAAGGGACCCCUCCAGGAGGCUGGAGGAGGAAUGGCCCCUGCAGAGUAUCCGUCUCCUGGAGGCCCUGCUGGGCAUCUGUCUGCACAGCUCCAGCUCCACCCUCCUGAGGACCGAGCCUGAGCUCUCCUUCCAGCUCCAGUCAGUGGAGAAAACGCUGUGCGAGGUGAGAGAUCAGCUGUCCCGCUCUGGGGUCGUGACCUCCGACCUGGCUGUGCCCCUGUUCGACUCCCUGCUGAGGGUAGCGCUGGCGGAGGUGUCGUCCUGCCCCGACCCCCCCGAGGAGAAGCCAGAUAGGCCAACCUUGGGGCUGUAUCCUUCAUCAUCAGGACUGUGUGGGAUCACUGUUUACACAUCCUCCUCGGGUGCUCUGUGUCUGCUGGUUGUUGAUGUUGGGCUGAAGGUGGAGGGUGCAGGGCUGGGGGAGUGUGAGCCAGGGCCUCCGGAGGGGCCUGGGCGCGGGGUGCUGCUCUUCCCAGAGAUCUGCACCAUGGAGCUGCAACUACUGGCCGCCGGCUCCCCUGAGCUGGAGGUGAUGAAGCACGUGUUCCACAGCCUCCUGGGAGCCGUCCACGCCAACCCCCUCAACGCUGCUCUGCUCUACGACCAGGGAGGAGUUAAAACCAUCCUCACUGGAUUCCACACCAUCCUCACCCAAUCGGACUCCUCGUAUACAGACUGCCAGGCCCUGCUAGUUGAGCUGCUGGUUGCCAUGGUGAGCAAACGGAUCACAGCUGAAGAACUGGCGCUAUUGAUAUGUCUCUUCCUGGAGAAGACUCCUCCCACCGACGUCCUGCUGAAGGGGCUUCUGCAGAUCGUGGAGGCCAACGUGGACAUGGAGCCUCUGUACUUCCUGUCCUUUCCCAUGAUCCUCAGCAGCUCUGCGCCGGGGGGCUCGUCCCCCGGGGGGCGGCAGAACGGGGGUGCGGGGGGCAGGGGAGGGGGGCUGCUCUGGAGGGGCAAGCCGUCCCCGGGUCACCUGCUCUCCUCCCCCUGGCAUGUUGCCCCCCUGCACCUGCCCCUAGUGGGGCAGAACUGCUGGCCUCACAUGGCCAGUGGCUUCAGCGCCUCUCUGUGGCUGAAGACGGCCACGCCUGGCGAACAGGAGGGGUCUGGAGAGAAGGAGGAGGGGAAGACCACGGCGGCCGAGCCCCAGCUGGGGGCCUCCCAGGCGGGGCAGAGAGUGGUGGAGGAGGGCCUGGUGCACGUUCUGUCCAUGGGCUCCAAGGCCCUGAUGCUGCAGGUGUGGGCUGACCUCUCCUCUGGGUCUCUCACCUUCAGGAUGUGCGUCGACCCUAACGAUGAGAUGAAGGCAGGGCUGCUGGCGCAGGCGGAGUCUGGGCCGGGCGUGGUCAGACCGGGGCCCUGGCAGCACCUGGGGAUCACAUACAGCCAACAGCCUGAAGGCAAGAAGAACAUCCACGGAAGCCUCGCACUCUGGGUCUGCGGGGUCAGGCAGUGUGAGGUGUCUCUGGACUACACCCUGCCCAGGAAGUCCAGCCUGUCGUCCGACAGCAACAAGACCUUCUGCCUGCUGGGACACUGCAUCGCCUCGUCAGAGACGCCGUCCAGGCAGGGCGGAGCCUGGGACAUGGGCACCGUGCUGCUGUUCAACGGCUCCAGGAUCGGUCCAGAGGAGGCGUACUACCUGUACGCCAGUGGGCCGGACCUCACCUCCAUCAUGCCCUGCAGGUACGGCCAGCCGCGGGGGCUCUUCUCUAAGUACCUGACCCAGGAGGGGCUGAGGUGCGAGCAGGUGAGAGAGCUGCUGAUGAAGAACAAGGACGUGGACACGACCAGCCUCGUGGAGGGCCUGGCGGUGGUGUUUGCCCCCAGCAGUCCUAGGAGCUACACCAUCUACGAGCCGGUGAUCCGGAUGAAGGGCCAGGCCAGGGUGGUGGCGUCCCAGAGGCCCUUCAGCUGUAAGGAGGUGCAGAGCUCCUCUCUGGACCCCCAGAGCCUGCGUGGCCUGCUGCCCUCCCAGCCACAGGGCCUGCACAGCGUCCUGCACAAGAUCGGAGGCACCGGGAACUUUGUGUUCCUCUUUGCCCGGGCUGUAGAGCUGAGUGACUGUGAGAGGACUCAGGCCCUGGCUCUCCAGGUGCUGCUGUCCCUGGCUAAACUCAACCAGCACCGCAUCCACGAGAUGGACUGUUGCCACGGCUACGCCAUGAUCCACCAGGUCCUCAUCAAGUCCAAGUGCAUUGUGGGAUACCACAUGCUCAAGACCCUGCUGGACGGCUGCUGCAGUGGCCCCAUCCUGAUCCAGGGGGAGAACGGACACUUCCGCCUGGACGCCGAGUCCUGCGCUGUGGUGCAGGACACCAGGCUGCUGGCAGACCUGCUGCUGGACUGGAAGAUCUGGGCCAAGGCUCAGGGAGGCGUGUGGGAGACCCUGCUGGCAGCUCUGGAGGUCCUCAUCAGGGUGCAUCACCCCAUGCAGGUGUUCAACAUCCGCCAGCUGCUCAACGCCCAGGUGGUGCAGCGCUUCCUGCUCACCUGUCAGGUGCUUCAGGAGAAUCGGGACGAGCACCUCACCUCCAUCCCACAGGAAGUGUGCAUGUCGUUUGUCAAAAUCAUCCAGGAAGUGCUGGGCUCUCCUCCAGAUCUGGACCUGCUCAGGCUGGUCUACAGCUUCCUGUUGGCCGUGCACCCGCCCACAAACACCUAUGUGUGCCACACCCCCUCCAACUUUUACUUCUCCCUGCACAUCGAUGGUAAGCUGUACCACGAGAAGGUCCAGUCCAUCAUGUACCUGAGACACUCCAGUAGUGGAGGCAAGUCCACCAGCAGCUCCGUCAUGUCUCUGUCCCCGAUGGUCUUCUCUGAGGCUGGCCCUGAAGGAGCGAUCCAGGGCCCUUCUCCUGAGCACCUGGGGGAGGACCAGUCCUUACGGCCCCCAAGCCUGGCUCCCUCCCCCUACUCCUCCCCUACCCUGUCCCCCCGGGGGGGCCGGGGGCCCGAGGGGACACUGGGCACUCAGCCGGCGCUGGGCAGCACAGAGACCCUGAGGAGGAGCGCUGGAGAUGAGCCUCUGCUGAGCAGCUGUGAGUCAGCAAAGACCAUCUGUGACUCCCGGGAGAGCAGGGGGGAGGGCCAGGGUGAGGUCCGAGGCCUGAACACGCCGCGCAUCAGCGUGGAGGAAGAGGCGGAGGUGGACAGUCUGGCAGAGGGCAGUCUGGCAGAGGGCAGUCUGGCCGAGGGCAGUGUAGGUGGGCAGGAGGACCGCUUCGACUGGGCCAGCGACGAGGCCCCGCGGAGGCCCGACAGCCUGAAGGGCAUCCAGUCCUUCCAGAGGAGCCAGAGCAACCUGGCCAGCCUGGGCCUGGCCUUCCCUGCCCAGAACGGCUCCCUGGCCCUGGGGCGCUGGCCCAGCCUGGGGGACCGCAGCAGCCUCCCCGAGGACUGGGAGAGCUACACCUAUUCCCCCGGCUACGACCGGGCCCACAGCAAGGCCGACUCCAAUGACAGGAGUACAGAGGACUGCCUGGUGCUGGUGUGCUGCGGACUGUACGACCUGCUGAGAGGAGUGCUGCUGCUGCUGCCUGACCUGAUGCUGGAGGAGGUGAUGGACAAACUCAUCCAGCCUGAGGCCCUCAUCGUCCUGGUCAACCACUCCUCUCCCCUCAUCCAGCAGGGGGUGAUGAAGUUGCUGGAUGCCUACUUCAGCCGAGCCUUCAAGGAGCAGAAAGAGAAGUUCCUGAAGAACCACGGCUUCUCUCUGUUGGCCAACCAGCUGUACCUCCACCAGGGCAGCCAGGGGCUGCUGGAGUGCUUCCUGGAGAUGCUGUUCGGCCGCCCCGUGGGUCUGGAGGAGGACCUGGACCUGGAGGACAUGGAGGGCAUCUCUCCCUUCAGGAAGCGCUGCAUUAUCCCUGUGCUGGGCCUGAUAGAGAACUCCCUGUGUGAGAACGCGCUGGUGCACAACGUGCUGUGCAUGCUGCUGCAGCUCAUCAACGCCUGCCCCAAGCUGGCCGACGUCCUGCUGGACCACGGCCUGCUCUACGUGCUCUUCAACACGCUGUCCACCCUCAACGGCAUGGAGGCCGGGAUCCCCCUGCACGACUACAGACUGCUGGUGGGGGACAUCCAGCAGCUGCUGGUGGCCGUCACCAUCCACUCCUGCAGCUCCUCGGGGUCGCAGUACUUUCGCAUCAUCGAGGACUUGGUCACCCUGCUGGGGGUCAUGCAGACCAGCAAGAUGCCCCGCACCCAGGAGAUGGCCGUAGCCCUGCAGUUCCGCGUCCUCCAAUCAGCCAUCGAGUUCAUCAAGACCACAGCCAAUCAGGAUCCCCAACCUCUGAGCAGCUCUGUGCACCUGCCCCCCUCCCCCCACCACGCCCUCCACCCCAAACGCCGCAGCAUCGCAGGUUCCAUGGCCAUGAAAGACUCCAUAAUCCCCCGCCUCCCCAGACAGCACUACUGUUCGUACGGCCAGAUCCCCCUAGCCCACGCCUUCAGCUUCCUGUCUCAGGACAGCCCCCUCCCCUCCCCCUCCAGCAGCACCUCCUUCCUGCUGGUCUCAGACCCAGGCCGCCGCAGGUUCUCCCUGGCCCAGUCAGACUCCCUGCUGACGAGGAUGCGCUCGGUGGCCAGUGAUGAGCUGAGCCACCUGAUGCAGCGCAGGAUGAGCCAGGAGAACCCCAUCAGAGCCAGCGAGACCGAGUUCAUCCAGCGCCUGCAGAGGCUGCUGGUCCUGGCCGUCAACAGACUCAUCUACAACAAUGUCAGCAAGGACUUCUGUGACCUGCUGACCUUCCCCGACUCCCCCGACCAGCCGCCCCCCACUCCCGACCCCGACCAGCCGCCCCCCACUCCCGACCCCGGAGACCACCCACACGAGGAGAACGGCUCCGCCCCCGCCCCGCCCUUCCCCCUCCCCCCCGCCAGCAUGAGAAGCUUCCAAAAGGAGAUCCUGAAGCUGAUGAUGGAGGCCAUCAAGAUCAGCCUGGGCAGCGCCGGGCGGGGCGGUGCUCCUCGCCAGCAGUGGCGCCGGGUCCUGUGGUCGUGCCGCGACACGUUCCGGGUCCAGAUCGGCCGUCUCCUGGUGCACGCCCUCAGUCCCACGCGGCCGCUGGCAGACAGGAAGGAGGCGCUGGACUUUGUUCUGGACCCCAGCCACCCGGACAUCCUCAGGGAGAGCCUCAGCCCGGGGCUGGAGCACGGCCCCAAACUGGCUCUGUUCCUGCACGAGAUGCUGCAUGAUCACAAGGACAGCCUGAGCAGGGAGGACCAGGGGCACGCCGGGGCCUUUAUGACCUCCCUCAAGCUGUGUGGUCAUCGCUGUAUCCCCCCCAGCGCCCCUCACAAGCCGGACCUGCUGAAGGCCAUCCGAGAGGAGAAAUACAAGUACGAAGGAGAGGAAAAAAACAGCAAAGCAGCUUGGGAAAAGAAGAUGGCCAACACUCAGAAAGGUCUCAUUCAGCGGCUGGACGGGAAGUCCAAGGACAUCUCGAAGAUCGCGGCGGACAUCACGCAGAACGUGUCCCUGCGGCAAGGCAUGGAGAGGAAGAAGGUCAUCCUGCACAUCCGGGGGCUCUACAAGACCGACCUGAGCGCCAGGCGACACUGGCAGGAGCUGGUGCAGCAGCUUACACACGACCGGAUGGUGUGGUACGACCAGACCUCCUACCCAACGUCCUGGCAGCUUGACUCCACCGAGGGUCCAAACCGCGAGCGUCGACGCCUGCAGCGCUGUUACCUCACAAUCCCCAACAAGUACCUGCUCAAGGACCGCCGCAAACCUGACGAGCCUGUGAAACCUCCGCUGUCAUUCCUGUUUGAAGACAAGACUCACUCCUCCUUUUCCUCCACCGUGAAGGACAAGGCCACCAGCGAACCCAUCAGGUUCACCAGGCGGUGCAUCAGUGUGGCCCCUUCCAGAGAGACAGCAGGGGAACUCCUGCUGGGCAAGUCUGGGAUGUACUUUGUGGAGGACAAUGCUGCUGAUGCUCAGGACAGCCAGAGUAUCCAUGGUGAGACGGAGGCAGCAUCGUUCUCCUGGACGUACGAGGAGAUCAAGGAGGUUCACAAGCGCUGGUGGCAGCUCAGGGACAACGCCCUGGAGAUCUUCCUGACUAACGGACGCACACUGCUGCUGGCCUGUCACAACACCAAGUUCCGUGACGAUGUUUACCACAACAUCCUGAACUCUGACCUCCCAAACCUGCUGGAGUACGGGAACAUCACAGCCCUGACACACCUGUGGGGCUCAGGACAGAUCUCCAACUUCGAGUACCUGACACACCUGAACAAGCACGCCGGACGCUCCUUCAACGACCUCAUGCAGUACCCCGUGUUCCCCUUCAUCCUGCGGGACUACGUCAGCGAAACCUUGGACCUGCAGGACAGCGCCAUCUACAGAAAUCUAAACAAACCUAUCGCAGUGCAGUCCAAAGAGAAGGAGGAUCGCUACGUAGACAACUACAAGUACCUGGAGGAGGAGUACAGGAAGGGUGCACGUGAGGAUGACCCCAUGCCCCCGGUCCAGCCCUACCAUUACGGCUCCCACUACUCCAACAGCGGCACCGUGCUGCACUUCCUGGUCCGCAUGCCCCCCUUCACCAAGAUGUUCCUGGCCUAUCAGGAUCAGAGCUUUGAUAUCCCUGACCGGACGUUCCACUCCAUGAACACCACGUGGAGGCUGUCGUCGUACGAGUCCAUGACCGACGUCAAGGAGCUCAUCCCAGAGUUCUUCUACCUCCCAGAGUUCCUGGUCAACAGAGAAGGGUUCGACUUCGGGGUGCGUCAGAACAGCGAGAGGGUCAACCACGUGAACCUGCCCCCCUGGGCCCGCAACGACCCCCGGCUCUUUGUGCUGAUCCACCGGCAGGCGCUGGAGUCGGACCAGGUGUCCCAGACCCUGAGCCAGUGGAUCGACCUGGUGUUCGGCCUCAAGCAGAAGGGCAAGGCGGCCGUCCAGGCCAUCAACGUGUUCCACCCCGCUACGUACUUUGGCAUGGACGUGUCUGCGGUGGAGGACCCUGUGCAGCGCCGCGCCCUGGAGACCAUGAUCAAGACGUACGGCCAGACGCCCCGCCAGCUGUUCAGCACGGGCCACGCCGGCAGGGCCACGCCCCGCCUCAGCAUGGACGGAGAGCUGCCGGCCGCCAUGGGCCUGCUGGUGCAGCUGGCCUUCAGAGAGACCAGGGAGCAGGCCAAGGAGAUCAUCUGCCCGAGCCCCCUGCCCUGGAUCAAGGGUCUGAAGUGGGGUGAGUACGUGGGCUCCCCCUGCGCCCCUGACCCUGUGGUGUGCUUCAGCCAGCCGCACGGAGAGCGCUUCGGCUCCCUGCUCGCCCUGCCCACCAGGGCUGUUUGCGGCCUGGCACACAGGUUCUGCCUCAUGAUGAUCUACAGCAAGGAGCAAGGAGUGAGGAGCAUGCACAGCACUGACAUCCAGUGGUCGGCCAUCUUGAGUUGGGGCUAUGCUGACAACAUGCUCCGUCUGAAGAGCAAACAGAGUGAACCUCCCCUCAGCUUUAUCCAGAGCUCCCCUCUGCAUCAGGUGACCAGCUGUGCCUGGGUACCGGAUGGUUGUCAGCUGUUCACGGGCAGUAAGUGUGGAGUCAUCACCGCCUACGGCAACCGCUUCACCAGCACCACGCCCACCGAGAUGGAGGUGGAGUCCCAGGUCCACCUGUACGGCCACACAGGGGAGGUGACCAGCCUGUUUGUCUGCAAGCCCUACAGCAUCCUCAUCAGUGUUAGCAGAGACGGCACCUGCAUCCUCUGGGAUCUCAACAGGUUGUGUUAUGUGCAGAGCCUAACGGGACACAAAAGCCCCGUGACGGCCGUGUCUGCCAGCGAGACGUCGGGGGACAUCGCCACCGUGUGUGACUCAGUGGGCGGCGGCAGCGACCUGCGCCUGUGGACGGUGAACGGUGAUCUGAUUGGCCACGUCCACUGCAGAGAGAUCAUCUGCUCCGUGGCUUUCUCCAACCAGCCGGAGGGCGUGUCUGUCAACGUCAUCGCUGGAGGGCUCGAAAACGGAGUGGUCAGACUGUGGAGUACCUGGGACCUGAAGCCAGUGAGAGAGAUCACCUUCCCCAAGUCCAACAAGCCUAUAAUCAGCCUGACCUACUCGUGUGACGGCCACCACCUCUACACCGCCAACAGCGAGGGCACCGUGAUGGCGUGGUGCCGCCGGGAUCAGCAGCGCAUGAAGCUGCCCAUGUUCUACUCCUUCCUCAGCAGCUACGCUGCCGGCUGAUGCAGCCCCCUGGAGAGAGACACGCCCUGAUCUCUCCACCUCCUGAUCUCUCCACCUCCUGAUCUCUCCACCUCCUGAUCUCUCCACCUCCUGAUCUCUCCACCUCCUGAUCUCUCCACCUCCUGAACACCAUCAGGGUCUCCAUGAGCAGCCUCUCUGUGUCUCUCUCUGUCUCUCCCCCCCCCCCCCCCCCUCUCUGCUCUCUCUCUCUCUGCUUCUCUCCCAAUCUUUCUUUCUGGGAGACGGACGAGUCAGCAUGCUCCGCAUGCCCCUCCCCCCCAGCUCCCCCCUCCCCCCCCACCCAGCUCCCGCUCCCCCUCCCCCCCCCUCCCCCUCCCCUCCGCCCCAGAUCUGAAGCCAUUCCCCUCCGAGCAGACUAGAGACGCUCCGAGCAUCAAGCAAUCACAUGAAAAUAGUGUUAUUUGUGUGUAUAUAUAUAUAUACAUAUAGAUAUGCAGCAGCAGAUCGGAAUGGUAGGAUGGAUCACAGACAGUAGCUGAGGUUGCCAUGGACACGUGUUCUCUUGGACUUGAUUCCGUUCAUGUCUCUGUGUUAGUGUUUCGUUAUCACGUUCUGAUCCGCGGAUGUUUGGACUGGCCACGCCUCCAGUCUGAAGUCCACGCCUCUCUUUCCCAUGGCCACGCCUCCCUCUCCCCCAUGGUCACGCCUCUCUCCUCCAAAGGCCCUGCCCCUCUCCUAUAAGGCCAGCCUGAGUCCGAUGACAGACCAGGGCUGGAACGGAGGAAGCCCGCUCUGCUGAGGCUGCAGAUCCACAGGAGAGAGCUCCUCCCCUGGGAGACUGGAGCCUCUAUCCCCCCGGUCCUCUCAAGCCCUGGCCUCCAGCGUUGAGGCAGACCCCCCUCCUGGAUCCUGACUUACUGGAGGGGCUUGUGGGAGGUGUGGAGGGGUGAAGAAUCGCUGCUCCUUGCGCUGCAUGUGUGCUGCUCUCGCUUGCUAGAACCAAGAAGACCGUGUGUGUGUGUGUGCGUGUGCGUGUGUGUAUCUGAGUGUGAACCUGGGUUGGAUAUGGUUCGCCAGCCUGUUUCCUUCACUAACUUGGUUUGUUGUUUGUAUUGAGCUACUCUCACUGCUGUCCACUGACAGACAUAUUUAUUAUCAAUGAAAGCAAAAAAAAAAAUAGUAUUUCUUUUGUUCUUGUAUUUGUCCGUCUGUCCUAAAAUGGAUCAAGUGCGCUGGAGCAGAGGGGGUCCUGUCCUCUCUGUCUGCAGGAUAGAGGAGAGGGAUCAGAUUGGUAGGGUGGGGCAAGUACAGGCACUGGCACAAUGCUCUCUAUCCCCCCCCCCCACACACACACACAGGGAUUACAGCCCCCCGUGGGGAUACAGCCACCCGGGACCCCUAAUCCCCUCCUCUGAUGAAUAAUCUCUCACACAACUGAAUUAGUCAUCACUUACACGAGGCCCUGGAGACACUGUCCACCUUGGCUUCAGCCUGGCACCGCACUGAGCACUUACAGCCACAUGAACAUCUGUCUGCACUGAGUCUCCACAAGUACAAUCACUCUCUCAGGUCCACAGCUCUCCCUGGGUCCCCCCCUCUGCAGGGUGGCAGCAAAGUGCUGCGGGUUAAAGAAUCCAUCAGAUCACCUUCAGGAUCAAGCAAUAUUCUCUCUUGCAUUUCUAUAACUAGAACUUUCACAUGUGCGUUGAAGGUGCGUUAAGGUUUAUUUUGCCUUUGUCUUCUCAUGGUCUGAGAAAACAAAAUGACGUCUUACAUUUCACGCCUGUGCUGAUGUUUACGAGAAAGGGAACGUUGUUUCCUGUCAUUUCAACAUGGGUUCAUCCUAACGUGACUUGACCCGUCGUCUGUGCGUCCAGAGAAGAUACGCCGGUGAGGAGGAACUGAAGCCUCAAGCAGAGGGGAUGCUACUUACCUGCUCUGAAGAUGUUUACAGCUUUUUUUUCUUUGCUUUGCUUUUUUGGCUUGUAUCUGUUCCCUUCGUACAGUAUGUGUGCAUGUGCAUCUCCUUCUAGACAUUUCUGCCAGCUCUGAACAUCUUCAGGAUGUGUGCAGACUCAUCACAAGACUGUUCCUUCUGAGGGGCCUGGUGUUAAAUUGCAUGGAUGCUAUUCGGUGAAAGAGGCACAUUUACCAGGAGAAGUUUUGAAAGCGGGAUGUGUCAUUUGUUUUGUGACAGAGAAAGACGAAAUUAAAGAAUGUUAUUUUUUGUUGUUGUAAAGCUCAAGAUUAUUGUUUUAUUUUAUUGAAGCUGUUUAUUAAUUUUUCCCUUUGGUGGAUCUGGCCUGCCCUUGUCAUUUGGUUUCAAGAGUGGAGCCCUGUUAUGUUUUUGUAAAUGUGUAUGGACAAACUAAGUGAUCAGUAUAUAUAAUACAAAUAUAAAUAUUUAAGAAACUUUA